AUGCCGGACCGACAUUCGGCGGUUGCUGUUCACGUCAGACUGUCUGGUGCAUUUCCUCUUACUGGUACAGCCAGAGUCAUGUAUGAUGUUCAAAUUACCAACAUUGGUAAAGCCUUUAAUUUCCAGAAGGGGCAUUUGACCGCCCCUGUUUCCGGAGUUUACCUGCUCCAUGUGACUGCGUGCCUUGGUCCAGGUGGACAGUGGAUGGACCUUAACAUUAUGGAAAACGACAAGGUGAUUGGCAGGGUGUUUACUGGAGACAAUGCUUAUCGUGCAUGCGGUUCAGAGGCACUUAGUGUUCAUUUAGAUGUAGGAGACAUUGUGUGGGUUCAACGUGCUGCCGGAAUAGCUACAGUCUUAAACCAGGACCACGGAUGGAAUUCCUUCACAGCUGCACUUAUAAAGGCUGACUAA